AUGGAACCCACCGUGGAGGAAAUACUCAAACACACGGAAUUCGACCCAUCGAUAGUCCAACGAGUCGCCAACCGCAAAGUCAAAGUCCCAAUAGCCAUCGUCCCUCCCAACCCAUCCUGGCCAGCGCACUUCGCACACAUCAAGUCCAUCAUCACCACUGCUCUACCUCCUUCAACCGCCUUAUGUAUCUCCCACGUUGGCUCAACUUCAGUCCCCAAUCUUCCAGCCAAAGCAGUCAUCGACAUCGACCUGACAAUUUCCAACCCCGUCGCUGAAGAAAACUAUGUGCCAGCUCUGGAGCGUGCAGGCUUCCAGUUUCUAUUCCGUGAACCGGAAUGGUGUCAACAUCGCUUCUUCGUUAUGAAUGAGCCGUAUCAUUGCAAUCUACAUGUUUUCCGCCCUGGRGCUGCUGAGCUUGUGAGGCACUUGAUCAUGAGGGAUUGGCUGAUUAGUUGUGAGGCGGAUAGAGAAUUGUAUGCGAGUGUUAAGAUGGGAGCUGCUGAGAUUAGUGCGAGGCUGGGUGAGACGCAAGUGGAGUAUAACUCGAGGAAGCAGCAAGUUAUUCGGCAGAUUCUGGAGAGGGCUUUUCGUGCAAAGGGGUAUUUGGCAACCAAGAUUGAGGGUUGA